AUGUCAGACUCCUCAGCAGCACCCCCGAAGAAGAUGGACAGCCCAGGCUACACGACCGCCACCAGCAGGCAGUACUCGCCAGGCCGGCCCGUCGCAGGGAGCUCGAGCGACCACGGCGGAGGCGGAGGGCCCAGCACGACCUACCAGCAGGCCAUCUUCGCUCUCAUGUCGCUCAUCCCCGGCCAGAUCUGGUCCGAGCUCGGCGACAUCUGCGAGAGCGAGGACUACAACGGGAACCGGGUCGUCGUCUUCUCCCACACGCUGCACUUCGACCUCCUGGCGAGCAGCGGCGAGCGGGGGCCGGCGUGGGGCGGGAUGCAGACGCCGUAUCUGUCCGUGCCGGCGACGCCGCACGUGGGCACGCCGAGUGUCAGUGGCCGGUUCCCGAGCGGCUUCCAAGCGGCGCUGGUCUCGCGGAUGGCCAGCCAGACGAGUCUUCUGGGCGAGCGGCUGCGGCUGGCCGGCGGGGAGCCCAGCGGGGGGACCACCUGGCCGCUCCAAUGGCUCCUCGCCGAGCUCUCCCCCCGCACCCUCGCCGCCCGGCUCGCAAGGUUCGACCUCACCCUCUCCACCAGACUCCAGUUCAACGAGCAGGCCCGCAUCGUCUCCCACGAGGACAUCUGGGGCAUCAAGCAGCUCGUCGAGUGCCUCGCCCCCGCCUUCCUCGUCCACAUCUACUCCUGCAACCGCUGGCUCAUCGGCAUCGCCGCCGACCUCCUCAGCCGCAACUACCUCCGCUCCUCCUCCGACGCCCCCCCUCCCUCCGACGCCCACCAACACUCCGCUCAUCCCCCAGACCAGCAAGCCGCCACUGCCCUCCAUUCCCCCAUCUUCAUCGGCUCCCAUUCCCCCCUCCUCCAUAUCCACAUCAAACCCCCCUCAAAGAACUCGUCCCAUAACCGGACACCCAGUCAACAGCCCGCUCCUGCAGGUAUCUUCCCCGACGCCGACGACGACGACGACGAACUUAACACUGAAGCCGGCUCGCUCGACGAUCCGCGUCCCAUUUAG